AUGAGCCCCAAGCUUAAGCCACUCCUGCUCCCGCAGCUGGUAGAGGAGCGAAGGAAGAGAGAAAGCAUGUCGGACGCAGAAAUUGACCUUGCAUCUUCAUCAUUCUACACGCAGAACUCUUCCGCAUCCGACAUUCCAUCUCCAGUAACACCAACAUUCUCGACCCGGGGCCAUAUGCGAUACCCCAGCUCCGCCUCCUCAGUUGAGUCUACAUUUCACAGCUCGACAACCGACAGCCCGUCCUCACCUACCUUCAUUGGGACAAAAGCCAGUAAGCGAUCAUUACCAGACGUCCAAGAGGAACCUCAGGAGAAAGAAGAGGAUUUCGACAUGUUCGAUGAUGAGGAUGAUCUCUACGAUUGUUUGUGCGAUAAUUAUCAAUGCACCCAUCAUUCAGGGAACAUGGCACAAAGCUCCGUACAAUUGUCCGCAAAGGCGGAGUUUGAUUAUGACCUAGCAGAUGGCUUCUUCAGUGACGGAGACUAUUCCACAAGUCCGCGAAACAAGAAGCGAAGAGCUGGAGAGUCGCCGCUUACUGGUCUUGCAACAAGAUUUGGGACGAGAUUUCCCUCCUUUUCACGAAAGUGGAGAAUGAGAAAGGGAUCAAGCGCCGCUUCAAUCAACUCAGAAGCCCAGAGAGAUAAUGUUGCCUCACGUGGCCCUUCGAGUCGCUCUUCAUCAAUCUCCAAUUCAGCACGACAGGCGAUUGACAAGUUAUUUGAGGCUCAAAUGCCUCCGACCCCAACAAAGAGUGUUCAUGACGGACGAGACGAGACCCCAAUGUCAAUGGCCGCUCCAAUUGAUAUCGAGAAAGCCAAUAGAGAGAGUGGAGAUCACGAGGAGGGCUUCGCUUCCACGCCACUUCUUCCUCCCUUGAUGAUGGAUGCAUCGGCCAACACGAAGCAGAUAUCGAUGCAAUCACCACUGCAAUCGCCGUCUGUUGCUGAUGCCCAUGAUCCGUUGUCCGGAUCCGUCACACCAAUUGAUGCGAUAGCCACCCCACAGUUACCAGGAAUACCUUCACCACCACUGAGCACCAAACCAUCCGUAUCUUCAUUCCACCGGAGCACUGUGAGCCGCCCAGGCCAUCUCGUACCAUCAUCUGAAAUCCCACCUAUUGUCAUCGCCGAUCCCAACGACGAGUGGGCCAACAAACUCGGCCAUGCAAACUUUACCAUCUACCCUGAACCCUACAUCCCCGAGAGCUUUGACCUCGAAGCUUGUCGACAACUUCGCGCAAACUGGGAUCUUGCCCGUUGCAACUACACGAAACAUCUCGUCCGAACUGGCGAACACUAUGGCGUUACCUCCAAAACGUACAAGCUCACAGAACAGAAGUGGACUGCCAUCGACGCGACAUGGAGAAACAACAACGAGACCACCAUCACCAAUACUGUCGAGAGCGGCAGUGAUGCCUUUGCAACACUGAAGCACACCACUCUUGGUGACGGAAGCAGCAAAAAUAUCAUGACCAAGAUCCCAUCACUUAACGACCCUCGAAGCGAAGGCAAAUUCCCUCAACUGGGCGACGAAGAUAUUGUCGGACCCAUGGUGCAAGUCGCCGCACAGCUGCAACGCAGCCCUUCUAAGAAAGCGAAGCUCUUCAAAUUCUUCGCCGAGAAAUUUCCUGUCGGAUUAGGGCGUGCCUAG